CCAAAUCACGCACUCAUUCACUCUCUCUCCUCUGUUUUUUUUUUUUUUUUAAUUUUCUUUUGUGGGUUUGUUUGUUGUUUUCACUUUGGAUUUUGCAUUUACUUUUCCUCUCAGUGCCUUUGUGACUUUAUCUCCCUGUACCUCUCACACACAUUCAUAUAUACACCCUGCUUCCUUUUUCACAGAGCCAUUUUUUAUAUGGUCUCAGUAUCUCUCUCCCCCUCUUUUCAGUUUUCACACCACCAUGGAGAACACCCUUCUCCUUCUCUCUCUCCUCCUCCUCCUCCUCCUAGUUCCUUCCUCUGCUCAAAUGCCAGGUGUGAAUUUUGGUGAAACAGGGUUUGUUAGUUUGGAUUGUGGAGGUGAAGAGUUUUUUACUGAUGAUCUUGGUCUGAAUUGGAGUCCUGAUGAACUUCGUUACGGCGAAACGAGUUUUAUAGAGGUUUUGAAUGAGACCAGGAAGCAAUACACUUCGCUGAGGCACUUUCCUGCUGAUUCCAGAAAAUACUGUUACACGAUGAAUGUCACAAGUAGGACUAGGUACCUGUUGAGAGCGACGUUCUUGUAUGGAAACUUUGACAGCAACAAUGUUUAUCCUAAAUUUGAUAUUUCUGUUGGGGCAACUCAUUGGUCUACGAUUGUGAUUUCGGAUGCGAAUACUAUAGAGAUGAUAGAGCUGAUAUUUCUGGCUACUAGUCCUACUGUCAGUGUGUGCUUGUCCAAUGCUACAACUGGGCAGCCUUUUAUAUCGACCUUGGAGCUUCGACAGUUCAAUGGUUCGGUUUACUAUACUGAUUAUGAACAACAGUUUUACCUCAGUGUCUCCGCUAGGAUUAAUUUUGGUGCAGAUAGUGAAGAUCCAGUUAGGUACCCUGAUGACCCUUUUGAUAGAAUUUGGUUAUCAGACUCCAUCAAGAAAGCGAAUUACCUUGUUGACAUUGCUGCUGGAACCAAGAAAGUCGCAACCAAAUUGCCAAUUGAUGUUAAUAGGGAUGACCUGCCUCCUCAGAAAGUUAUGCAGACGGCUGUAGUUGGUACAAAUGGAUCAUUGACUUACCGGCUGAACCUGGAUGGUUUUCCUGGUACUGGCUGGGCAGUCACCUACUUUGCAGAAAUUGAAGAUUUGGCUCCAGAUGAGUCCAGAAAGUUUAGGCUAGUACUUCCAGGAAAUCCUGAACUCAGCAAAGCUAUUGUUAAUAUUGAGGAAAACGCCCAAGGAAAAUAUCGUCUCUAUGAACCAGGAUUUACAAACUUAUCGCUUCCAUUUGUAUUAUCUUUUAGAUUUGGGAAAACAUCUGAUUCUACCAGGGGCCCUCUCUUGAAUGCAAUGGAGAUAAAUAAGUAUCUGGAAAAAACUGAUGGGUCUCAAGAUGGAGCUGCUAUUGCUAGUUUCAUUGCACAAUACUCAUCUGCAGACUGGGCACAAGAAGGUGGUGAUCCAUGCCUUCCAGUUCCAUGGUCUUGGGUUGAGUGUAAUUCUGAUGCACAACCAAGAAUCGUUAAAAUUAAAUUAUCCAGUAUGAAUUUAACAGGGAAUAUCCCUUCAGACUUGACAAAGUUGAGCGGUUUAGUUGAGUUAUGGCUUGAUGGGAACUCACUGACUGGUCCAAUACCCGAUUUCAGUGGAUGUGUGGACUUGAAGAUCAUUCACCUGGAGAAUAACCAGUUGUCGGGUGGACUGCCAUCCUCUUUGAUGGACCUGCCAAGUUUGAAGGAACUGUAUGUGCAAAAUAAUUUGCUAUCUGGAACUAUACCAUCGGGACUUGACGACAAAGUGGCUAUGAACUACACUGGAAACAUUAAUCUUCGAGAAGGGAGGAGAAAUGGUAGCCGCAGAAAUAUUAUUAUUGGUACAACAGUUGGGGCUGCUGUCUUAAUUAUAGCCACCAUUGCAUCCUGCAUACUCUUGCGCAAAGGAAAAAAGAAAUACCAUGAGCAAGACAAACUUAGUCACCCCUUACCCGUACAAAGGCUAGAGUCUAACAAGAAUGAUGCUCCCACUGAAGCUGCACACUGCUUCACUCACUCUGAAAUUGAAGAGGCUACUAGAAAGUUUGAGAAGAAGAUAGGUUCUGGAGGUUUUGGAGUUGUUUACUAUGGUAAAACAAAAGAUGGAAAGGAAAUUGCAGUUAAAGUGCUAACCAGCAAUUCCUUUCAGGGAAAGCGAGAAUUUUCAAAUGAGGUAACUCUUCUUUCAAGGAUCCACCACAGAAAUCUGGUCCAGUUUCUUGGGUAUUGCCAAGAAGAUGGUAGAAGUAUGCUUGUUUAUGAGUUCAUGCACAAUGGAACUCUCAAGGAGCAUCUUUAUGGCCCAUUGACACAUGAACAGAGAAUCAAUUGGAUCAAGCGUCUGGAGAUUGCUGAAGAUGCUGCAAAAGGGAUCGAAUACCUUCAUACAGGCUGCGUUCCAGCCAUUAUUCAUAGGGAUUUGAAAAGCAGCAACAUUCUAAUUGACAAAAACAUGAGGGCAAAGGUUUCAGAUUUUGGUCUUUCCAAACUUGCAGUAGAUGGAGCAUCUCAUGUUUCCAGCAUAGUUCGGGGCACUGUUGGCUAUCUGGAUCCUGAGUACUAUAUCUCCCAGCAGUUGACAGACAAGAGCGAUGUUUACAGCUUCGGUGUCAUUCUUCUUGAGCUGAUAUCCGGUCAAGAAGCGAUAUCUAAUGAAAACUUUGGUGUUAAUUGCCGUAAUAUAGUCCAAUGGGCAAAGUUACACAUCGAAAGUGGGGACAUUCAGGGAAUCAUUGAUCCCUCGCUGCAUGAUGAAUAUGACAUCCAGUCAAUGUGGAAGAUAGCGGAGAAAGCUUUGAUGUGUGUUCAAGCACAUGGAUACAUGAGGCCAUCAAUUUCAGAGGUUCUCAAGGAAAUCCAAGAUGCAAUCUUAAUGGAAAGGGGUGCAGCUGCAGCAAGAGACGGUAACUCAGACGAUACAUCGAAGAAUUCAAUUCAUUCUUCGUUAAACUUGGGUUCCUUGGAUCUUGGUGGAAAUGAUAAUUACCUAUCACUUGAUGAGUCUAUUGUGAGGCCAACUGCUCGAUAGCGAUGCAUUUUUUCUUCUACCAUAUUCAUUUGUUGUAUAUUUUCUUUACUAUGACUGCCCCUACUGGGCACGUAAGCAGGUGAAAGGUUGAAUGGCUAUGAUGUGUUGGGUUGCAAAUUUUGAUCUUGCAAAUUAUUGGCAUAAAUGUGGAUAUGUAAUGUUUUUUUUUUUUUUGGUUUGUAAAGCACUGAUGUUCGUAAAGGAACCAGAGGCCUAUGUACACCAACACAAAUUUAGAAGUUGUAGAUGACCGAAGUCCUUUACUUUUUGUUCUUAUCAAUGUCUGAAGUUGCUCCUCCUCACUAAUAGAGGCUCUCAUUGGUUCA